AUGCUGCGACGUAGCGUCGUGCUCUGGAGACGGCGCGCUGCUGGUAUCGUGGGGCUACCGAAUGUGGGCAAGUCCACCCUCUUUAACGCCCUCACGUGCAGCCAAAUAGCAAAGACGGGAAACUUUCCAUUCUGUACGAUCGACGCGAACACGUCGAAGGUGCCGGUUGUCGAUCCGCGGCUGCGCCAGCUGGCGCAGUUCACUCAGGCAGAGAAGGUUGUCGACGUCGAGGUAGACUUGACAGACGUGGCGGGGCUGAUCGCGGGAGCCUCGAAGGGGGCCGGGCUCGGCAAUAAGUUCCUCGCUGACAUCCGAAACUGCGCCGUGCUGCUGCAUACGGUGCGCUGCUUCGAGAGCUCCAAGGAAGGCUUCGACACCCCGAACCCUCUGGAGGACAUUCAUGUAAUUCUGAGUGAGCUUGUCCUGUCGGACCUCGAGGUGGUGGAGAAGCGGAUGCGCAAGCUACAAAAGAUGAAGACGCAGGACGUUGAAUACAGCUUCUUGAAGCGCCUCCAGCAGUGGCUGGAGGAGGGAAAGUCAGCAGCAGACAUGCCUGCAAAGGCGAAGCUCACUGUGGCGGAGAAAGGCUUGCUACAGAGCUACGACUUGCUCUCCUACAAGCCCAUGAUAUUUGUGCUGAACGUGGACGAGCGGGGCGUGAAGGAUGGCAACGCCUUCUCGCGUGAGGUGGAGGCCGCCUUCGGAGCCGAGCGGACCUGCCGUGUGUCGGUCGCCAUCGAGGAGCAGACGGCACAGCUUGCAUCGCGUGAGGAACAGCUCAUGUUCCUGGAAGAGUACGGCAUCAACGGGCCGCGUGGCCAGGUACUGAUGAAGCAUGUGUACGCGCUACUCAAGCUUCAGUCUUUUUUCACAGUGGGGCCGAAGAUGGCGCGUGGCUGGACAGUGGCGCAGGGCUCAACGGCGCGGCAGGCAGCCGGUGAGAUCCACUCCGACUUCGAGAAGAACUUUGUCCGUGCCAAGGUGAUGGCAUGGGACACGUUCAUCGGGAAGCCGAACCUCGAGUCUGCGGAGAUGCAGAUGCGCACGGUGAACGACAGGUACGUGAUGCAGGAUGGCGAGGUGUUCAUUGUAGAGCACAACACGCAGCGCGGGUAG